AUGGCAAGGGGUUUAGUUGGUAUUGCUCAUACCAAAAACAAGCUUCGACGAUCAAUUUCACAUAAAACUGGGAGCGUAUCAGCAGCAACUACGAGUAAUUAUGUUCCAAAGGGACAUUUUACAGUUUAUGUUGGUGAAACAUGUAGGAGAUUUGUAGUUCCAAUAGCAUAUUUGAAUCAUCCUCUAUUUCAAGAUUUGUUACACUGGGCUAAAGAAGAGUUUGGAUAUAGUCAUCCAAUGGGUGGUCUAACAAUUCCAUGCAGUGAAGAUUACUUCAUUAGUCUCACUUCCCUACUUAAGUCUUCAUAGACCAGACACAAGUACCAAUGUACACUUCAUAUUUGGAAUAUCGUUCAUCAAUUCACGGCAUAGUGAUGUUAUUUUCUCUUUUUUGCUGCUCUUCAUGGGAAAUAUAUGGCUGAAAGAUAGAUGAUAUAUGGCUGAAGAGAGAUGACUAAGUCAGCUCUCUUCAAUUUUGCAAUAUGAACUGGUG